AUGAACCAGGCCACCGACGAGCAGCCCCAGUGGAUGAUCACCAACGCGUGCACCAAGCAGACGGGCAUCGAGAUGCAUUUCGAUGCGCCCGGCGGCGAGACCGUCGUCCACGGCCGGUUCCUGAGCAAGCUCAAGGACACGAUCGAGUUCGAGGUCCCCGUGAAGCCGAACAAGGCGUUCGAAUUCGGCGAGGGGACCGCCUUCACCGGGUUCUUCGUCGCGAGCGACGAGGCGUUCGAGUUCACCGGGACGGUCUCCGGGAGCGAGCCGGUCGAGGGGAACCCGAAGGCGGUCAAGGUGCUCGCCACCAAAGCCGGCGUGCGCUCGGUGCAGCGCCGCAAGGCGUUCCGCACGGAGUUCAGCGGCUUCUAUUCGGUGCCGGUGGUGAUGGUCGCGACGCAGGAGGACGAGGCGGCGGGGCCGGGGACGAAGAAGCUCGCGACCGGCGAGAUCCAGGACGCCUCGGCGCUCGGGAUCGCCGUCGUGCUCGAGGGGCACAAGGGGACGCGGCACAAGCCCGGGACGCGGAUGUUCGCGACGUUCUCGACGGAGCUGGACCCGCGCCCCUUCGCACUGCUCUGCGUGCUCGAGCACGUGCGUGAGUUCAGCGUGACGAUUUACGAGGGCGACACGGAGCGCACGGAGAACAAGACGUCGCUCGGCUUCCGCCUCGUCGAGUGGCCCAACCAGGUCGACUUCGGCAAGGAGAUGACGCGCUUCGAGCGCAUCGUGAACCACGUCCAGAGAGAACGCCGGAAGACGAUGGCCGCGCGCUCGCCGGUCGCGCCGGUCUUCGUCUCCGCCCGUCGGCCCUCCCGCGACAUGCCGACGGACCACGCGCAGCAGCUUUUCGAGAUCGCCUGUACCGAGCACGCGCCGGUCGAGGUGCACGUCCUGUUCGACGACGGGUUCGCCUCCGCCAUCGAGGCCAGGCUCGUCGCGCAGUGCGACGGCGGCGUGACCGUCGAGUUCACCGGCGCCUGCGCCGACCUCGGCGACGUCCGCAUCGGCAACCGGUACACCGCCACGCUGGAGACCGAGGGCGCGACGCUCUCGUUCUGCGGGGAAGUCCGCGGCGCGCGGACGGAUAUCGGCGAGGACCCCGUGCGCACGACGGUCGAGCUCACGCGGGGCGAGGUGCUCGACGCGGGCGAGGCCGACGCGGGCGAGGGGUGGUCGCUCGCGGCCUGA